AGACCCCAUGUGCAAGAAGUACCUUGUCUUCCGGGGGCGUUUCUUCUGCCUGUUCCGUCAAUAGUGUUGUCUAUUCUUGUUUGUAAAUACUUUAGAAAACUGAAGAAUUAUAUCAACAGAAGUGCAUUUUCUUUCAUAUCCACCAGCUGGUAAAAGAAUGUUGCGUCUCUUGAAGAACAGGAUUCCAGUUUCUUCUGUGCUUCGUGCACUGGCUGAAGUGUUUCAAUCAGGAAUUUGAGGAACUUUUUUACAUGAACAUCCAGAAACAGAAGGAAGUCAUCAUGGAAAAAGACUACAGGAAAAAGAAACUCCGUAUCUGUGUUGCCACAUGCAACCGUGCCGAUUACUCCAAGCUCGCUCCGAUCAUGUUUGGGAUCAAGGCCGAUCCAAAGAACUUCGACCUGGAGGUUGUAGUUUUGGGUUCCCAUCUGAUUGAUGAUUAUGGCAACACGUACCGCAUGGUCGAGCAGGACAACUUUGACAUCCACACCAAGCUCCACACCAUCGUGAGGGGGGAGGACGAGUCAGCCAUGGUGGAGUCUGUGGGGCUGGCGCUGAUCAAGCUGCCUGACGUGCUUAACCAGCUCCGGCCCGACGUGAUGAUUGUGCAUGGAGAUCGCUUCGACGCCCUAGCCCUGGCCACCUCCGCUGCGCUCAUGAAUAUCCGCAUUCUGCAUGUGGAGGGUGGGGAGGUGAGCGGCACCAUCGAUGACUCCAUCCGCCACGCCAUCACCAAGCUUGCACACUACCAUGUGUGCUGCACCCGCAGCGCGGAGCAGCACCUCAUAGCCAUGUGUGAGGACAACGAGCACAUCCUGCUGGCUGGCUGCCCCUCAUAUGACAAGCUGCUUUCAGCCAUGAACAGGGAGGAUUAUAUGAGCGUUCUGAAAAAUUGGUUAGGAGAAGGGGUGAAUGCAGGAGACUACAUAGUGGCUCUACAGCACCCAGUCACAACCAACAUUAAACAUUCCAUUAAGAUGUUUGAGCUGACACUGGAUGCCCUCAUCUCCUUCAAUAAAAAAACACUGAUUCUCUUCCCCAAUAUUGAUGCAGGCAGUAAGGAGAUGGUAAGAGUGAUGAGGAAGAAAGGCAUUGAGCAUCACCCCAAUUUCCGGGCAGUAAAACACGUGCCCUUCGAACAGUUCGUUCAGAUAAUGGCACACGCAGGCUGCAUGAUCGGUAACAGCAGCUGCGGAGUUCGGGAAGCCGGGGCCUUCGGGACCCCUGUCAUCAACCUCGGAACUCGGCAGACUGGUAGAGAGACAGGUGAAAAUGUUCUCCAUGUACGGGAUGCAGAUACCCAGAAUAAAAUAUUUCAUGCACUGGAGCUUCAGUUUGGUAAAAGGUACCCCUGUUCAAAGAUAUACGGAGAUGGGAAUGCUGUCCCCCGAAUCUUGAAGUUCCUCAAAUCUAUUGAUCUGGACGAGCCAAUGCAGAAGAAGUUCCGUUUCCCGCCUGUGAAGGAAUGCUUUUCUCAGGACAUCGACUGCAUCUUGGAGACACAGAGCGCACUGGCUGUGGACCUGGGAGGGACCAACCUCCGAGUGGCACUCAUCAGCAUGAAGGGGGAGAUAGUGAAGAAAUACAGCCAGUCCAACCCGAAAACUUAUGAAGAAAGGAUUGAUCUGAUUCUGAAGAUGUGUGUAGAGGCUGCUACUGAAGCAGUGCGCUUUAACUGCAGGAUUCUUGGAGUUGGUAUCUCCACUGGAGGCCGUGUGAACCCACACGAGGGAGUGGUACUCCACUCUACAAAGCUGAUCCAGGAGUGGAACUCUGUCGAUCUGAGGACCCCUAUUUCAGACGCCCUUCACCUGCCUGUGUGGGUGGACAAUGAUGGCAACUGCGCUGCCUUGGCAGAAAAGAAGUUUGGACACGGGAAAGGAGUGGAAAACUUUGUAACUGUUAUUACUGGCACAGGUAUCGGAGGAGGAAUCAUCCACCACAAUGAGCUGAUUCAUGGCAGCACUUUCUGCGCAGCUGAGCUGGGUCACAUCAUGGUUUCCCUGGAUGGACCCGAGUGUUUGUGCGGGAGCAGAGGCUGCAUUGAGGCAUAUGCGUCAGGGAUGGCGCUGCAGAGAGAGGCGAAGAAGCUGCAAGAUGAGGAUAUGCUUCUGGUUGAAGGAAUGUCGGUGAAGAAUGAAGAACCUGUUAGUGCUGUUCAUCUCAUUCAGGCAGCCAAGCUGGGCAAUUCAAAAGCAGAUAACAUCUUAAGAACAGCUGGUGCGGCUCUGGCUGUAGGGAUUGUGAACAUCCUACACACUGUCAACCCAUCCUUGGUGAUCCUAUCAGGCGUGCUAGCCCCCCACUACGAGAACAUUGUCAAGCAUGUGGUCAGCCAAAGAGCUCUGACGUCCGCCCAGGGAGUCAAUGUGGUCACUUCAGAACUGGAGGAGCCCGCCCUCCUAGGGGCUGCGAGCAUGGUGCUCGACUACACAACACGAAGGAUAUAAUAGACAUAGUGCUAAAACCUACUCAACCCAGAAGUAAACUUUGCAUUUUCCAUUGCAGUUCUAAAAAUAUUCUCAAUUUUAAACAGAUUAACACUUGAAAUGUAUUUGCUUACGAUUGUAAAUCGCCCUGGAUUAGGGCGUCUGCUAAGAAAUAAAUAAUAAUAAUAAUAAUAAUAAUAAUAAUAAUAAUAAUAAUUAUGCAAUCUCACUCGUCAAAUACACUUACUGUAAGGGUAUUUAUGGUACAGUAUACUACAUUUCUUGAGCAAAUUCAUUUUAACGCUAGAAUCCCCACGGCAGUCAUUUUGGCGGUUUUGGGUUUUAAAAUGUAAUUUUCUCCAGUCGUGUACCUUUCUGUCCGUAUGUAUUAAAUAUUCUCACAAAGCAUGAAACACAGGAGUGCAGAAAUAAAGGAGAUAUAUCACAUUAUACCUAAAAGCCCCGGGAGCAGUCACAUUGACGGCCACACAGAAAACAAUUGUAUUUUGAUUAUACAGAACAGUAUUUUACUUUGUUAUUUUUAUUUACCAGUCUGCAGUGUGUUUAGCUGUAAUCUACCUGAGUGAAUGACUGACAGUCUAUUGUUUUCAAUCUGUCUUUUGAAUGUUGGCGCCUGCUUGCCAGCUCCGCUGCUUUGGUCAGUCAAUUAGCAUCGGGACUAGUGAAAAUAAAUACCAGAGACUGUGGAGUUUUACAACGCAACAAAAUAUGGAGUUGAUGUUUUGGAUCAGAUGGCACAGAAGUAUUCUGUGAAAGCUGGCUCCCAACGGUGGUCUGUUCAGGUGUUUUACAAUGUAUUGGACCUAGCAGCCAUCAACUCCUGGGUACUUUACAAAGAAUGCACGGAGAAGAAUUUACCAAGGAGAGAAUAUAUUUUACAGUUAGCACAGCAACUUCACAAGAAGCAUGGAACAGAGGGAGACUGCUGAAGCUGGCAACCCCACUGAGAGCUGCCAAUGCCAGCUUGGCAAGUGUAAUAAAAAUAAAACUUUGGACAGCUGUACCCUGUGCAGAAAGGCAGCGUGGAGAAGCGCAUUAUCUGUGUUGAUUGUGAGCAGCCUUAGACUCAAGGUAAAGGAAUACCCUUUUGUCGAAAAAAAGAAAAAUAAAUGACAUUUUUUUAUAACUUCUUGUGCUGUGCGCUUCUGUAAAAUGUUUUUUUUAUCUAAGUUUAUUCUCUGUUCAUCUGUUCAGUUGCUUUUGGUCAUCUGAUAAUAAACCGAUUGCUGAAAAGUAAAAAAUGUAUUGCUAUCGUUUCAGUUUUAUAAAUAUGUAUGUUGUAAACCGAUGUCUGUUCAGAUGUUUACUUAUUUACAUUUCCUUGUUUUGAUUUGUAAAAUAAAUGUUCAUAUAUAUGGA